UUAUAUGAUAAAAGAGAAAAGGAGUGAAUAUGGAGACAAAGAGAGCCAGAGAUGGAGCCCUUAUCAAUAUGUAGAGAGAACAGGGUCCGUGAUCCCCACUGCUUCGUUGGCGGGAAAGGAGGUUAGCGUCGAAGAAAUUCGGUCUGCCGCUGCGUCUUCUGGCCAUCAUCCACCUUCUCUCUAUCCCGUGAUCAGCUCGCCGGAGCCGGAUCCCAAUGAGCAAGCCAUUUUUUAUCAAGGUGUUUAUGGGGCUGAUUAUGGUGGAAGGACCAGUGAAUUUCAAAGGCAAAUAUUGGAUGAGGUAGAGAUGCGAGAGUUAUUGAUUGAUCAUGUUGGUCACCGUUGCUGUUGGGGAAGUCGGCCUGCCCGGACAUGGAAGAUUCAUGCGAUUGAGGACUGCAAUGUUUAUGUGGGAACUCUAGAAACUUUUGUAGAGGAAAGGGAAACUAUCAAAGAAACAGAACCUCACCUUGGUGGAGAUAUUGAUGGAAAGGAUCGAGGACCUGAAUGUGGCAUUUGGGAACUGGACUUGAAGUCACAGGCCCCUGUUCUAUUCGUACCUCAUAAAGAAAUCCGAGUAAAGAUCCCUCAUUCUGAAAUACUUGAAAAAUGCGGAGGCUGUGCAGGAAGAGGAAGCACUAUCUGCCCCACAUGCAAUGCAGAUCAAGAACCGGGAUAUUACAAGGAAAAUCAAAUGAUUCCAUGCUCUGCUUGCUAUGGAAGAGGUUUGAUUGCACAUAGAGAUGGAUCAGACACAAUAUGCUCUAAAUGUGGUGGAAAAGGGAAGAUUCCUUGUGCAACAUGUGGAUCUCGUGGGUUGAUGAAAUGUGAAGCAUGCCAUGAAAGUGGUUCUGUUUUGACACGCAGUGUUGCUGUUGUUAGAUGGAGAACACUUUCAACUCGAAAAGUAAGUGCUACCAGUGGAGCAGCAUCGGUUCCAGAUGAGGUUUUCCAUAGAGCCAAAGGAGUCCAAUUGUGCAACACUCAGGCAUAUCAAUGCACACCAGCCUUUUUUGCAGAUUCGUUCUUCCUGAACAAAUUUUCUUCAGAAGUUAUUGCAGAUAGGGCCAAUGUACCUUCCACUGCCAGGGUCAUAUGUGAGAGACACAUCAUCUCUGUUGUGCCGGUUACACGCGUCACUAUGGCUCAUCGUGAUCGAUCCUUCAGUUUCUAUAUCAUUGGUUUCAGCCGGGAGGUUUACUUAAAAGACUACUACCCUUCACGGUUUUGUUGGGGUUUAUGCCCUUGCCUCGAAUGGUUGAAGCUGUAGCAGGCAAGUUUUGGCCUUUUAAGGAUUGGGUGCAUAAUUAAUUUGCCAGUCAGAUUUGGAAGACAGUUUCACUUGCUUUGUUUUUGCUUUUUUCUUCAUUCCUUUCUUUUCUGUUAGUCGAUCGGGUUUAUCAAUUACUUGUGAAUGAAUGCAUUAGAUCAAAGAGUAAAUUAGAUGAUUCUCAAGUGAUUGGAAAGUGUUGCAUUGCAUAUGGAUUUUUGGCCCAGUUGGAUUAGAGAAUGUCAAAUGCCCAUCAAAAUCCUUUGUGAAGGUUGUGCGCUAUUUAACC